AUGGCCGGAGGAAGGAGAGGACUUGUAGCCCCUCAAAACACUUUUUUAGAAAAUAUUGUCAGACGAUCUAACGAUACCAAUUUUGUUCUUGGGAAUGCUCAGAUCGUGGACUGGCCCAUCGUCUAUAGCAACGAUGGCUUCUGCAAGCUGUCGGGGUACCACAGGGCGGAAGUCAUGCAGAAGAGCAGCACAUGCAGCUUCAUGUACGGGGAGCUCACAGACAAAGAUACUAGCCAGAAAGUACGGCUAACGUUCGAAAACUACGAGAUGAAUUCAUUUGAAAUACUCAUGUAUAAAAAGAACAGAACGCCGGUAUGGUUCUUUGUGAAGAUAGCCCCUAUACGAAACGAACAGGAAAAAGUGGUGCUGUUUCUGUGUACCUUCAGUGACAUCACAGCCUUUAAACAGCCAAUAGAAGAUGAAACCUCGAAAGGUUGGGGGAAGUUCGCUCGGCUAACUCGUGCUCUGACCAGCAGUAGAGGGGUGUUACAGCAGCUACAGCCUACUGUACACAAAGGAGAGAACGUUCACAAGCACUCCCGCCUAGCUGAGGUCCUCCAGCUGGGCUCAGACAUCCUCCCCCAGUACAAGCAGGAGACGCCCAAGACGCCGCCCCACAUCAUCCUCCACUACUGCGCCUUCAAGACCACCUGGGACUGGGUCAUCCUCAUCCUGACUUUCUACACCGCCAUCAUGGUUCCUUACAACGUCUCCUUCAAGACCAAGCAGAACAACGUGACGUGGUUGGUGGUGGACAGCAUUGUAGACGUUAUCUUCCUGGUGGACAUCGUGCUCAACUUCCACACUACCUUUGUGGGCCCGGCCGGAGAGGUCAUCUCUGACCCGAAGCUCAUCAGGAUGAACUACCUGAAGACCUGGUUCGUCAUCGACCUGCUCUCCUGCCUGCCUUACGACGUCAUCAACGCAUUUGAGAAUGUGGACGAGGGGAUCAGCAGUCUGUUCAGUUCUCUGAAGGUGGUCCGGCUGCUGCGUUUGGGCAGGGUAGCUCGUAAACUGGACCACUACAUUGAGUAUGGAGCCGCCGUCCUCGUCCUGUUGGUGUGUGUCUUCGGCCUGGCUGCCCACUGGCUGGCCUGCAUCUGGUACAGUAUUGGUGACUAUGAGGUGAUAGACGAGGAAACGGGCAUCCUGCGGACAGACAGCUGGCUGUACAUGCUGGGGGAGACGGUGGGCUCUCCAUACCGCUUCAACGCUAGCGGGACAGGGAAAUGGGAGGGCGGCCCCAACAAAGACUCGGUCUACAUCACAUCUCUAUACUUCACCAUGACCUCUCUGACCAGUAUAGGGUUUGGAAACAUCGCCCCUACCACCGAUGGAGAGAAGAUCUUCGCUGUCGCCAUGAUGAUGAUCGGAUCCCUUCUUUACGCCACCAUCUUCGGUAACGUCACCACCAUCUUCCAGCAGAUGUACGCCAACACCAACCGUUACCACGAGAUGCUGAACAGCGUCCGUGACUUCCUCAAGCUCUACCAGGUGCCCAAGGGGCUGAGCGAGAGGGUCAUGGAUUACAUCGCCUCCACCUGGUCCAUGUCCCGGGGCAUAGAUACUGAAAAGGUAUUGCAGAUAUGUCCUAAGGACAUGAGGGCAGAUAUCUGCGUCCACCUGAACAGGAAAGUCUUCAAAGAACACCCUGCGUUCAGGUUGGCCAGUGACGGGUGCCUGCGUGCCCUGGCCAUGGAGUUCCAGACUAUCCACUGUGCCCCUGGCGACCUCAUCUACCAUGCCGGGGAGAGCGUGGACAGCCUCUGUUUCGUGGUGUCAGGAUCCCUGGAGGUCAUCCAAGAUGAUGAGGUGGUGGCCAUCUUGGGUAAGGGGGAUGUGUUUGGGGAUGUGUUCUGGAAGGAGGUGACCCUAGCCCAGGCGUGUGCCAACGUGCGUGCCCUGACCUACUGUGACCUCCACGUCAUCAAACGAGACGCCCUGCAGAAGGUUCUGGAGUUCUACACGGCCUUCUCUAACCACUUCUCACGGAACCUGCUGCUCACCUACAACCUACGGAAGAGGAUUGUGUUCAGAAAGAUCAGCGAUGUGAAACGAGAGGAGGAGGAGCGCCUGAGACGAAAGAAUGAGGCGCCCCUCAACCUCCCGCCGGACCAUCCGGUCCGUCGGCUCUUCCAGCGGUUCCGGCAGCAGAAGGAGGCCCGUGUACAUCAGGAGCAGGCUGACCCAUCCGAUGACCUGGAGAGAGGCCAGACCGUUUAUGUUGAGCCCAUUCCCAUCCAUGAAAUCAUCACCACCACCAGCAUUGUCACCGUCACCGAAAGUCCAGCCACGCCCAUUCCUUCAAUCUCCAUCUUGGCGUCCACAACCUCCGGCCCCUCAGAAAAAGCCCAGCUCCAGGCCCCGUCUCUCCAAUUGUCCGAGCCAGCCAAGGUCAAAGGCUGGGGUCGCUUUAAGGAGUCCAACUGGAACAAGGUGUCCAAAGCCGAGUCCAUGGAGACGCUACCCGAACGGACGAAGGCAGGGGCAGCCCACGAGUCCCAGACCUCGCUCAAGAAAACUGGCUCGUGUGACAGCGGCAUUACCAAGAGCGAUCUGCGCCUGGACAACGUGGGGGACGGCGCCCGAACCACGGGCAACACGCCACAGGACCGCAGCCCUGUGGUACCCCCUGAGGUGGCCAAGCAGCACGCCUUCUACCCUAUCCCAGAGCAGACUCUCCAUGCUUCCCUCCUGGAGCUCAAGCUGGAGCUCAAAGAAGACUUGAAGGCCUUGAACACCCGCAUGGCCAGCCUGGAGGCUCAGCUAGCAGAGGCUCUGAAGCUCCUCAAGGCUCAAAGGAGAGCUCCCAGCUCCCCCAAGCCUCUAUUUGAUAUCUCCAGACCCACUUCGCCAGACUCGGACAAGGAGGACAUAUUUUCGUAG